AUGCGCCUUCCCUCUCCGUCCCCUUCAGACCUUGGUGCCACCGCGCCGGCACCCACCGCUCCUCCUUUGGAUCCUGCUCCUUUCUCUUCACAUCCUUCCCCCUCAAAUCCUGUCUUGCCCCUUGCAUCUAAUGCACCCUCGGCCCCCCCAGACUGGCGGCAGUUUUGCGAGCUGCAGGCGCAGGCAGCGGCCGUGGACUUUGCGCACAAGUUCUGUUGCUUUGUGCACGAGCACCCGGCCUUCGACACCCCCAAUGUGGGCGCCUCCUUCUCGCGCCACUUCGCCGCCAACUUCUUAGCGGCCUUCGGGGCCGAGGUGCAUCGGGUGCUGGUGAUACGGGGCUCCGACAGCACCCUGGAGCCCGCGCCCAAGGCGGUGGCAGCAGCAGCGGCUUUGCAUGGCCACUUGCGCAGCUCUGAGGACGUGUCGUCGUCAUUGGGCCCAGCCGUGCCCAAGACCCGGGUGCACAAGGGCUUCUCACUCCGCAACAUGAGCCUAUGUGUGGUGGACUGUGUGCACGACUUGUGGCACCGGCGCGCAUCGCCCGAGCCCGAUGCUGCCACUCCUGAGACUACAGCAACCGUGGUGACCAGCCUGUAUGAUCGCACUCGAGAGUCAGUGGUGGAGGGCCUGACCCAUGUCCCGCUGGAGACUUUGGAGUGUUCCAGUGGCUGUGGCAGCAGCGGAGACAGCAGCAAUAUCACAGGGGAUGAGGGAGCAGAGCUGAAACCAGGGACAGAGACUCAGCUAGAACUAUCCGACUACCCCUGGUUCCACGGCACCUUGUCCCGGGUCAGGGCAGCACAGCUGGUGCUGGCUGGUGGCCCUCGGAGUCACGGCCUCUUCGUCAUCCGGCAGAGUGAGACAUGGCCUGGGGAGUAUGUGCUGAGCUUCAAUUUCCAGGGCAAGGCCAAGCACCUGCGCCUGUUGCUGAACAGCCGUGGGCAGUGCCACGUGCAGCACCGAUGGUUCCAGUCGGUCCUGGACAUGCUGCGCCACUUCCACACGCACCCCAUCCCACUGGAGUUGGGGGGCGCUGCUGACAUUACCCUUCGCAGCUACGUGCCGGCCCAGGACCCCAUGCCUGAUCCAGGACCCGCACCCAUUCCCACGCCCCACCCCCCUUCCAUUACCCUUGCCCCUCUCAAUCCCCACACUCUUGAACCCCAACCCUCUCUAUCUCAACUUCAGAUCACUGUUCGAAAGCUCUCUGAGACUCUUGAACGCCUAGCCCCUCUUGAAAACCUCCCUGCUGCCCUCAAACACCUUGCUAACCUCUCCUCCCCUUCCUCUCAUUUUCAGUUCCCCAUGAUAGUCAAAACUCGUCCGCUUCAGCCUGCAGAUCCACCCUCCCCACCCCCCAGCAACCUCCCUUAUCAGGGCCACCGCAGGCUUAUUAACCCCCGAACAUGGCAUUUAUAA